UGACUGAACCGAGCGAUGCAUUCCCACUCGCACACCGGGUGCUGCUGCCCCGUGCGAGCUAAUCGCUGGGUCCGUGUGUGUUCCUGGCUGCGGCUCAGCACUAAGGAUCCGGAGCUUCCUGCGUGCUGCUAGGCAGCCCAGACUCAUAUUCUGCCGCAUUCAUGCCUCCUACCGCCACCAUUACGCAGAGGAAUUCCCUGCUGUCUCCUCGGCCGCUGCUCACAGACAGAGUGAGCGUUGGUUAGAGGGAGGGAGAGGGAGGAGAGGAAAGGAGAAGAUACGGGCUGCAAAGCGACACUGACAGAUAGAGGACGGAGCUGGAUUUUUGUGCUGGAUUGACACAUGAAGAUGCGCCGCGUUUGUUUAUGUGGAAAGUACUUUUUGUGGCCUUUGUCACUGACCUUUGUGCUAUGGGUCUGCGCACAUAUGUAAGAAGGAACACCGUGUAUUUAUGUGUGUGUGUGAGCGGCUGUUCCUGAUGCGGUCGGAACGGGCGAGCCGUGUGUGUAUUGUGGUGCUGGAGGAGGUGGAGGAGGACGAGCCCUGUCCUUCAUCCCCACCUCCUCGGCCCAAAGCGUCUCAUCGAGUCUCUGGAAGGGCUGUCGCGCAGGACGAUAAGCCAUCUCUGCUGAGAGCCAUCUUCAACGUGGACCCAGACGAAGUUCGCUCCCUUAUCUUUAAGAAAGAGGAUGUCAACGUUCAGGACAACGAGAAGCGAACCCCUCUUCACGCUGCAGCCUACCUCGGAGACGCUGAGAUUAUUGAGCUGCUCAUCCUUUCAGGAGCCAGGGUUAAUGCCAAAGAUAACAAGUGGUUGACUCCUCUACACCGAGCUGUGGCUUCUUGUAGCGAGGAUGCGGUGACGGUGCUGCUAAAGCACAGCGCAGACGUAAACGCUCGGGACAAGAACUGGCAGACGCCGCUUCACGUAGCAGCCAGCAACAAGGCGGUCCGCUGCGCCGAAGCUCUGGUGCCGCUGCUGAGCAACGUCAACGUAUCGGACCGUGCGGGACGCACCGCGCUGCACCACGCUGCCUUCAGUGGCCAUGUAGAGAUGGUGAAGCUGCUGCUCUCCAGAGGAGCCAACAUUAAUGCGUUUGACAAGAAGGACAGGAGAGCCAUCCACUGGGCAGCCUACAUGGGUCACCUGGAGGUUGUUAAGUUGCUGGUGGCCAGUGGAGCCGAGGUCGACUGUAAGGACAAGAAAGCUUACACGCCGCUUCAUGCAGCCGCCUCCAGUGGCAUGAGCAGCACAGUGCACUACCUGCUGAGCCUGGGUGUCCAUGUGAACGAGGUUAAUGCCUAUGGCAACACGCCGCUCCAUUUGGCCUGCUACAACGGACAGGACGUGGUGGUUGGCGAGCUCAUCGAGGCAGGAGCGAGCGUAAAUCAAGUAAACGAGAGAGGCUUUUCUGCACUUCACUUCGCUUCGUCUUCACGCCAAGGUGCGCUGUGCCAGGAGCUGCUGCUGGCCCACGGAGCAUGCAUCAACUUGAAGAGUAAGGAUGGUAAGACUCCGCUUCACAUGGCAGCUACACAUGGGCGCUUCUCCUGCUCCCAGGCCCUCAUUCAAAAUGGAGCUGAGAUCGACUGUGAAGACAGAAGCAGGAACACUGCCCUUCACAUCGCAGCCCGCUACGGCCAUGAGCUCAUCAUCACGUCGCUCAUCAAAGAUGGAGCCAGCACGGCCAAGAGAGGCAUUCACGGGAUGUUACCGCUACACCUGGCAGCUCUCAGCGGCUUCUCCGAUUGCUGCAGGAAGCUGCUGUCCUCAGGUAAAAGUCUCGCUCACACCAUCUCAUGCCAGCGGACUCACCUGCUUGACAUCCAAAUUGAUGCCGACUGCAUAUUUUGUACAGGAUUUGUCAUAGACACCCCCGAUGACUUUGGAAGGACCUGUCUGCAUGCAGCUGCAGCCGGAGGAAACCUGGAGUGUCUGAACCUGCUGUUGAACACAGGAGCCGACUUCAACAGGAAGGACAACUUUGGCAGGGCUCCGCUACACUACGCAUCAGCCAACUGUAACUACCAGUGUGUGUUUGCUCUGGUGGGCUCUGGGGCCAGUGUUAACGAUCUGGAUCAGAACAGCUGCAGCCCUUUGCACUACGCGGCGGCUGCCGACAGGGAGGGAAAAUGUGUGGAGUACCUGCUGAGGAACGAUGCAGACCCAGGCGUGAAGGACAGGCAGGGUUACAACGCCGUGCACUACGCCUCUGCCUACGGCCGCACACUCUGUCUGGAACUGAUCGCAAGUGUGAGACCGCUUGAUGUGUUAAUGGAGACCUCAGGAACCGACAUCCUGAGGGACUCAGACAGUCAGGCCCCUCUAAGUCCACUCCAUCUGGCGGCUUACCACGGACACUGCGGGGCGCUGGACGUUCUCCUGGUAUCCCUGCUGGACGUGGACGUGCGCAGCCCGGACGGACGCACCCCGCUAAGUUUAGCCUGCUCCAGGGGCCACCAGGAAUGCGUGUCCCUGCUGCUCCAUCACGGAGCCUCCCCCAUGACCCGCGACUAUAUAUACAAAAAGACAGCCUUACAUGCUGCAGCUAUGAAUGGCCACCCAGAGUGCCUGCACCUGCUUCUGAGCAGCAACAAUCAACACAUCAAUGUGGAUGCACAGGACAACAACAGACAGACUCCCCUGAUGUUGGCAGUGCUGAACGGACACACAGAGUGUGUGUACUCUCUGCUCAAUCAAGGAGCCUGUGUGGAGACUCAGGACCGUUGGGGUCGGACAGCCCUGCACCGCGGGGCUGCCACAGGCCAGGAUGAGUGUGUGGAGGCCCUCCUCCAGCGAGGGGCCAGCGUGUGUGUGAAGGACACCCGGGGCCGCACCUCGCUGCACCUGGCUUCGGCUUGUGGCCACGUGGGGGUCCUGGGAACUCUCCUGCAGACCACGCCCCCCUCCCUCCCUCACCUCACAGACAGCCAAGGCUACACGCCGUUACACUGGGCCUGCUAUAACGGUUAUGAUGCAUGUGUGGAGGUUUUGUUGGAUCAUGAGGCAUUCAGGAAGAUCAAGGGAAACUCCUUCAGCCCGCUGCACUGUGCUGUUAUGAAUGAUAACGAGGGCGUGGCCGAGAUGCUAAUCGACUGCCUGGGUGCAAACAUCGUCAACACCUCGGACUCCAAGGGAAGAACCCCCCUCCAUGCUGCUGCGUUUUCCGACCACGUGGAGUGCAUUUCCCUUCUCCUGAGCCACGGCGCUCAAGCUAACGCUGUCGACGCGCUCGCACACAAAACACCGCUGAUGAUGGCAGCUCUGAACGGACAGACCAACGCUGUGGAGGUGCUGGUGAGCAGUGGGAAAACAGACUUGUCCCUGCAGGAUGUAGACAGGAACACGGCUCUGCAUCUGGCUUGUAGCAAAGGCCACGAAACGAGUGCGUUGUUGAUCCUCGAGAAGAUCAGCGACAGGAACCUGAUCAACUGCACCAAUGCUGCUCUCCAGACGCCGCUGCACGUAGCAGCCAGGAUGGGGCUAACCGUGGUGGUCCAGGAGCUGCUGGGAAAAGGAGCCAGCGUUUUGGCGGUGGAUGAGAACGGCUACACUCCAGCUUUGGCUUGCGCUCCGAAUCGCGACGUAGCCGACUGCUUGGCCCUCAUCCUCAACUCGAUGAUGCCCGCCUCCCCCAUGGUGACGAUCGCCGCCAUUCCCGCUUUGUCUCUCACCCAGGCGGUGAUUAACCACCACCCGACCUCAAACCACGUCUCCAAAGGAGUUGCGUUCGAUACUCCACCGUCUCUGAGACCUGACCACGCCUCAUACUGCAGGCCAGAGAGGCCGCUGUCCUCCGUUUCCGCGGACGACGAACUGAACGACUCGGACUCGGAGACCUACUGAGGACUUUUGGGGACGGCCUCACGAUCCCGGCAGGCUAGCCAACCACUCAGGAGCCUUAAUAGAUGACUGACUGAAAGAUGGGGAAAGUAGAGCAGGUGAAUUUUUGGGAUAAACUUCCUUUAAAUAAUUUUAGCUUUUUAUACAAACCACAUAUAGUGCCUUGCAAUUGCAUUCCUACCCAUUGAUGUUUUUCAGAUCUUGUCACAUUACAGCAACAAACUUCAGUUUAUUUUAUUGGUAUUUUAUGUGAAUUUUUUUUGUCGGUUAUUCUUUGCGAAAUAAUGCAGCCUCAAUCGGAUUGGAUGGAGAGCGUCUGUGAAGAUCAUUCUUAGAAGUCUUGCUACAGAGUUUCAGUUUGACUUCAAAGUAAAUCCACUUUGAUCUAAAACAUUAAAUGGCAACUCUGAUUGUGUUUAGGGCCUUUUUUCUGCUAUGUGCUAAACCCCACAUCCAGUCCCUGGAAGCUUUCCACAGCUUUGUUUCCUAUAAUGUUUUGCCAACAUGUUAAAUAUUGAUCUCAACUGCGGAACUGGAGUAACUGUUUAUAACCUAACCUUGUGUUAAAACUUCUCCACUAUGAUUCUAUAAAUGUAGCUGACGUCAAAUGGUUACUGCGCUUCCUUCUACUUUAUAAUUAUUCACUACCUUUUGUUCACUAACUUGCAUGAAAUCCUCAUUUGCAUCGCUUAGAAGUCUGUCGUUGUAAGAUGACAAAACGUGAAAAAGUUGAAGUGGUAUGAAUACUUUUGCAAGGCUCUGUACUUUGGUCCCUGAGGUGCAUACCGAUGCAGGGCUGGAGCAUAAACACGACACUUCUAUGAAAGCACUGUAUGGUCAGUAAGAUGACCAGUAUCUUUUAAAACUUAACAACAGUAUUUCCUUUUUUAAUGAGUUAAGCCUGUACUGUAUGUGGAUUUUAACCCUUUUGAAAGGUUGUUCCUCCAAAUGAGCAUCAAGUGAAGCUCAGAGGGAACGGAGGGAGAACCUUGUGGGACCAGCUGACUGUACUUCAGUUUGUUUUGUUUUUUUAUAACUUGUUUCUUUGAGCUAUCAUGGUAGACACUAACGACCGUUACUCAUGAACAUUAAUAAUGUUGCGUUGCGUGGUCACCUUUCCCAGGAGGAUGACAUUGGUAUAGAUUUUUUUUUUUGUAUUUAUUUUUUAAGUGUGGACUAAAUCUUUGAGCUGAUUCUGACGCCAGGUGGAUGUCAGACCUCGUUACUGUACACACGAUUCAGACGUCUGUUGACUGACGAGCUGAACGAACCCUUGAAUCCCGCAAUGAUGUAACUGCAUCAUGUUUGUAUUCUGUACUGGAGACAGUGUGUAGAUGCAUGUUUGUGUGUGUGUGUGUGCGUGUGAGAGGGAGAGAGAGAGAGAUAUAAAGACAUGACUAAAUAUUGCCUUUUGAGAAAUAUGCAAAGUUCAGACAGGUUGGAUGCUGUUUGGUGUAUUGUUUGUAAAAAGAAUUAAGUAACAGAUGAAUAAAAAGAUUUGUUUUAUUUAGUUUGUACAUCACAA